AUGAACGUGCCGUAUGAAGGGGCCAGUUGGAGCCUGGACAGAGAAGGAGGUCUUCGAAUCCGUCGAUCGCUCGACGCGUUUCUCGUUCUGCAUCGCAUCGCACUGCGCCAUGGCGAAGAUGCCCGGCCAGCCUCGCAGCUUGUCCACCAGUGCUCACGUUCGACGAAGAGCUCCGUCCCUCACUGCGGCACUGCACUGCACUGGACAGCGCAGGGCAGGGCCGGUGCUCUUGCUCGAGAUUUCAGCUCUGCCAGAAACUCCGGCAAUGAUUCGAGUCGCGGCGAUGUCUGACCUUUGACGCAUAAACUUAUCCGACUCGAGUGUCACCGGCGCUCAUCGAUAUGGUCCUUUCGAGAUGUGCACAUUCUCAUCCGCCGUCGGAGGACCUGCUCUCGGAGUGCUUGUUGAAUUCAGCAGAUUCCACGAUCUCAUCCGCUUGGGGUUUGGAAUCCGAGUGUGGUCAGACGGCAGUUCGUUCAGAGCAACCUUCGCUCUCUGACCUGUUGAUGGUCGACUCGGCAACUUCAAUCUCUCAGUGCGCGAGAAUGUUUCAAGUUCCCUGUUCUGGAUUACCAAAUUCAUGAAUAGAAGGGUUUCAUUCGCGCCACCACUCUGAAACAAAUCCACAGUGCAGAAGUAGAGAGUUCUACUCGAAUCUACUUUUGGACUCUCGACAGUAGUCACACUUCGUUGGACAGAACCGAGCUUUUUGUGAGUACUGAAACUCUGGAGAGAACACAGGAUCUUACACUCCUUAGGUUCACACAACAAUCAAUCUCUCGCUCAGUUUGGGACGGAUGUCGGAUUCAUUGGUUUAAAUACCGUCCAAUGUCUUCUUCUGUCCAGUCGGUAUCGGGGAUCUACAAGAAAAAUGAGUCACUUUCAGUCACUGCAUCGAUCACAUCUUUACAGGUGUGAAGCAGAUGUAUCGGGACCGUGGCCGGAUCUUCAGAAAUUCCCGAAGGCCAAGAAACAACCGUCUUGACCCUAUUUCACCACUCGGGCUUUGGUCAGCAAUUCCACUUUGUCCGAAGUUGCUGAUAGAGGAAAACAAAGUUUUAACGGCAUUUAUCACUCGAUGAUUGAAAACUUAUGGUUAUGGUCGAUUCAAACUACAAAAUUCCUUUUCAGGCCGAAGAUAUGAUGUAAUUUUUUCAAAGCUGCCAAUCCGAGAGGGCCUUGUCCACAGUAGAGGUGUGCAGAUUAGAUUCAGUUUUCUGACAGUGGUUCCUUCUUGUCCAAUAUAACGUAUCGCUCUGUUCUCCGUGGAGCCUUCUGUCGUUCGCAAUAUUUCUUCCCUGCGCAAACUUGCCUAGAGAUUGCAGAGUUUCCGAAAAGUGUCGACCUGGCUGGUCAUUUUGGACAAGCAGAGUAAUAUGCUCUCACAAGGAGGAGGGAGAAGCUGAAGCCGUUUCAACACCCAUGCAGGAAUUUGUCGGCUUCAAAUCUCUCCACGUACCCUCAAUAGUAGCCUCUUUUGGUUUACCUUAACAAGGUCAGAUGAAAUGUAUCAGCAGGGUGAAUUAGGAUGCACGCCACUCGCUCGUUCAAUCUUGAUGUAUCUUACACUUGUUCUUGUCCCUCUUAUCUGCAGAAUUGCAGUCAAAGUUUGUCGAGAGAACAUGAGAGUAAUCGAGACGCGGAGCUUUAAUUAGGAAUCCAACUUUCUGGCCGUCUUCCGCAGGUCUGAACAUACAGCAGUUGCAAACUGCUAUGCAAAUCGAACUGAGAAAAGAUAUCAAGUCGUCUCAACCUUUCCUUCAAAAAAUCUUCGGACAUAUUCUCUCUUAUAUUUCGAAGUCCUCUCCUCGAGACUCAAAUAUGUGAAAAGAUUAUCGCUUGCUUACCAGUUGGAAGAGAUUCAUACCACUUAGUAUCAUUGCAGCUUGAAGAUAUUAGCAUGGGUUGAAGAAAAUGGGCCGUUAAAAUUUAUCACAAAUGAUGACAUGAUCGGUUCUGCACUCGAAGCAUCACAAUCUUUGGAUUGUGAUGCUUACGCAGACUGUCAACAGUAUCAGAAACUCCAUACUGUUCUAUUUUGCUCAUUAGAAAAUCGAGAUAACAAAAUAAAUCAAUGCCUUUGUAGUGGUGAGG